CGACGAUGCAUAAUAAGCUCACCACGGACAUGUCAACCUUCCAUUCCAUCUCUAGACACCAUCGAUCGUGAUCUUUUGAUCAUCACACCACAACAAGACACUUGAAAUCUCAUUGUCGAAAGCGCAACUUGCAUUGCUGCUCCAAUCCGUCAUCGCGAGCCGCCAACCCGAUAGACCACGACAUAUCCAUCACUCGUCUUCUGGAUGUGGAAAGUCACUAGAGUUGCAAAACGAUCUGCGCUCAAUCUCGUUCAGAUUGGACGCCAGGAUGUUGUGUCAUCACUACGGCAUAUCAGGCCAUCGCCAGGGGUUCCUAUAGAGUCACGCCGUGGACUCUGCAAUACAACAUCACGAUGGGACGUAGACAAGAGCGUGAGCUCGGCAGGGGCAGCACAGUCGGAGGCUAUCACGCCGGCGUCAGGGAAGGCGCAAAGGCUUCCCGUAGUAUGUCCUGGAUGUGGCGCCUUGAGUCAGAUUGUAGAGCCAGAGGUACCCGGAUUCUAUACCAUGAAAGCGAAGCGUCUGCAGACGCAGAAAAAGAUAGAGGCAGACAAGAUAAUGGAAGAAGCAAUGUCUCGUAUGGCGUCGAUAGGUGAAACGCCGUUCGACGUGGAAAUAAGUAGCACUAAGGUCUCAGAGCCUGCGUCGAAUAAAGUGCCCAUCUGCGAUCGCUGUCACUAUCUGAAAUAUCAGUCAAAGGGGGCAUCGAUUGUUCAUCCCUCCAUGCACUCGAUUCGCUCCAUCAUUGAAUCCAGUCCCCAUCGUCAGAACCACAUUUACCAUGUUCUGGAUGCGGCAGACUUUCCCAUGUCCCUGAUUCCGAAUCUCAUGACUGCGUUGCGGCUACCUCGAUUACGGACACAGAAUCGAAGAUCGAAAACCACGCACUACGUCCGUGGGCGGAUUGCUGAAGUAACAUUCGUCAUUACUCGGUCAGAUCUAUUGGCACCACAAAAAGAGCAGGUCGAUCGACUCAUGCCAUAUCUGCAGGAAGUGCUACGCGAUGCGCUGGGCCGUGCUGGCGACAAUGUGCGUUUGACAAACGUCAGAUGUGUCAGUGCAAUACGAGGUUGGUGGACGCCGGAUGUCAAGCAAGAUAUCUGGAAGAGGGGUGGUGCUGGAUGGUUCGUUGGCAAAGUCAACGUGGGCAAGAGUGCGCUGUUCGAGGCUGUAUACCCGAAGGGAAAAAGCGGGCCCCAGACUGCUGAGUAUGGAGUUUCCGCGAGUAAGAAGCCUUCGAACCACAUUUCAGACAAUGUGGCCCAGCCAGACGAGGAGGAAAGUGAUGUGCUGUUUGACGAGGACGUCGACGGCUCCCUCUUACCGCCGCCACAGCCAGAAACAGCAUACCCACAGAUGCCACUUGUAUCUUCUCUACCCGGGACGACGGCCUCGCCCAUCCGAGUACCUUUCGGUAAAGGCAAAGGCGAGCUUAUUGAUCUUCCGGGAGUCGACAGAAGUUUACUGGAGACUCACGUCCAAGCCGAGCACAAGCAAUCACUGAUAAUGCGACAUCGUGUUGUCCCUGAGCAGCAACCGCUCAACCCAGGCCAAUCGUUAUUGAUUGGCGGCAUGAUCCGCAUCACGCCAACCACCGACGACAAUCAAUUCCUGGCAUAUUCUUUUACACCCCUCAAGAGCCACGCAACUAGUACAGCCAAGGCAAUAGCUAUCCAAACCGGUAUGGAUGAGGAUGGCCUGCCGUAUAGCGGGACUGUCGAAACCAUCUCUACAGAUUCGGCGAAGACUCUUAUGCGAAGCGCUGGUCGAUUCACUCUCAAGUGGGAUGUUACUAAACAGCGAGCUGGACCAUUGACCGAUCCUGUGGCUGGAAAAGUGCGAGCUGCGAGCUUGCCGUUCAUCGUCUAUGGUGCAGACAUCCUAAUCGAAGGCGUCGGAUGGGUGGAGUUGACAUGUCAAGUGCGGCGUUUCAGACGUAGAGAUCAAGGCUCCAGCUUCAGUCCGGAACGAGACCUGACAAAAGAUUCGAACUUGAACGAUGCACUCCCCGAGGUGGAGAUCUUCAGCCCAAAUGGUAAAUUUAUUGGAAUUCGAAAGCCUAUGAACGCAUGGUUGAUCGGUGGUCCGAAGAAAAAGCCACAACACGCUCAACGGGCAAGACCAAGAAUGACGAUCUCUCUGAAACGACGACAAGAAGGUGGACGACGAGGAUCUUCGUAG